AUGGUUCGAUUUUUUGGUCGUACCAGCCUAAAACAGUAUCUGCUUUGUAAACCUGAUAGAUACGGGAUAAAGCUCUGGGGUUUAUGUGCAGCCAAUGGAUAUCUUUUCAAUGUAGAUGUUUAUUGUGGCAAAAAUGAUACAAGUAUUGGAAUAAAGUUAAUGGCAUGUGCACUUGGCUCGAGAGUUGUCGUGCAAAUGAUCAAUCCCCUUCUGAAUGGCCUGUCAAUAAGAAAGUUAUCUGAUUAUCAUAUCUACUUUGAUAAUUUUUUUACCAGCCCAGACUUACUCAUUCAUCUGAAUAAAUAUGGUUUACGAUCAACAGGAACUGUUCGUAAGGAUAGAGUGAAAGAAAAACAUGAAUUUGAAAAAAAAGAUCCGCGAGGAUCGUACAAAGUAAGUCAUGAUAGCAACAGUGGUAUGAAUUUUAUCAGUGUCAUAGACUCAAAACAAGUCUCUAUUCUUUCCACAGCUGUUGGUGUCACUCCCAUAACACCCGUGAAAAGAUUUUCACGAACUGCUCAAGAGAGAGUAGAACUAGGAUUUCCUCAUGCUUUUUCUUUGUACAACAAAUACAUGGGAGGGGUAGAUUUACACGAUUUCCGUUGUAAAAAAGCUUCUCCAUCUAUCAGUUCGAAGAAAUAG